UAGAUUUAACACAUUUAAUACAAUCAAUGUUAAACCUUAAAUUACAUUACAUUCAUGUAACAUAUUUCAUCAAAUACAGUCUGAAUUAAUCCAUUGAUUCACCGGCCCUUAUUUUUCUGUUUCAAAUUAUAAGAUAAGGUUUUUUCCUUGUUUUGUGUAAUUUUGUUUACUUAAAAAUUAUAUCGGUAGACAUUUAUCAGUUAAAACAAAUAAAUUAACAGCACGGAGUGCUCAUUUAUUAUAUCUUUGCAAUCUGGAGGUGUCAUCUCGGAUAUGAAAUACCUUAUGGAGCGCCACGAGAACUGGAAGACGAGUCUGAGAGGUAGCGAAGACGGGGCAAACGAAGAUUCUCUCAGAGAGAAGACAGUCCUGAAAAGUUCGGGGAAACUUUAA